AUGUAUGGCAGUCAAUUACCUGCAAAACCACCGACCAAGAUGGAAAAAGACCUAGAUUUCCAACUCUGGGCCCGGCAAGAGACGCGUCCCACCGAGCAAAACGACGAGAUAGCGCAUUUAGUCAACAGCCUUGUCAUAGCCGAUCAAUACGGGCGCCGCUUAACCCCCUUUCAUCACAUUUCUAUAACCAAUCAGGAAGAGAGGUCGAUAUUCGAUACAUCUUCGGACGAAUCGAACAUCAUGGGGUCUUUAUCGGACGAAUUGAAUGACUACAGCUAUAUCUUCAGUUGGAGGUCCCUGAGUAGUAAUUCGCUACCGACGCUGGGAGGAUUACACGCCUCAGAGCGUCAUGGUGGAUCCGAUAGAGACACUUUGUCCUCGCAGCAAGCUAGGAACCAUAUUCGGGACAGUUUGACAGACCAUCGUGUUAGCACCAUAAGCUGGGUAACAGGAGUCACUGAUGAAGUGCCAACCACACAUUUGGCAAUUGAAGAAGAUCUCUUUCAGCCAGAUAAACCGAGCGCUCUAAGACGUAACGCCGCCGUCCGAUGCAAGAGCAUGAAGACCGCAACAGAGCUCCCACGACUCGACAGCACCAAACCAAGCAGCAAAUCGUUCCAUAGACGUGUGCCACAGCUUCCCACGCUGCUUCCCUCUGCCUAUCCUCGGUGUAUGUACCGGAAUAUGAGCUUUGACACAGACGACGAAGUCAUAACGCUAGCGUCAUCCCUGGUGCCCACAGUUGAUCUACAGUGUGCUCAGGUUGACACCCAUAUCCAAGAAGCCUCUCCACAUGACGAUGAAGAAGACAACGCUAAGUCAUUAAACGUCGCUGAUACUGCGCAUACCUCGCAACAGAAUUCCUGCAUCCACGAGUCCAAAAUCCCACCCUCUACACAAGAAAUGAAGAAAAGUCCAAGAUCAGAGUCGCCACAUGUUCGACCACGCAUUGCGCGGACCUUUACGGAAAUGGGAUUUGGCAGAGUCGUGCCGACGGCUCUGAAGGAUCAAAUUCAAAUCCCAUUUCCUAGACGAAUACCAGAUAAGAAAUUCACCCCGUGUCCCUCACGCCGGGACCUCUCCCCCCUCUCCUCCUGCACCCCUCCUGCACCCCAAAAGCCCUAUCCAAUCCGCAACCUACCAAUCCGCAUAAAACGUAUCCGCGCCCUCCUCUCUACCGUCCAACACACCCUCUACAUCCGCACACUCCUCUUCUACCUCCACAAACGAAAAUCCCUCUACUGCGCCUCCUGCACCCCUCUCUCCCUGCCAGGCGCCUGCGGCCCUACAUGUCCGCUCCUCCGGCCCAGGGAUAAAUUGCACUGCGGCCAUGGUUUCAACACUGCAUGGGUUCUACACGCGAAUAAGAUCACGGAGAUGUAUGAGGGGCUUGUGCAGGAUAUGCGUGGUAAAGGGGAUGCUGUGAGCCAGGAGACGGUGCGCAAGUGGGAGAAGAUUGUCGGGGUGUUGUGGGCUGAUACGAGGACACGGACGGAACGGUGCUGGGAGGAGGGGUGGUGGAUGGUGAGGGAUGUGGAUGUUGGGGGUGGAAUUGAUGGGGAGUGGGUGUUUGAGGGGAGAUGGGGGAGGGGGGUUGGUGUUGGGGUUGGGGAGGAUGAGGCGCCUGGGGUUGCUGGUGGUGUUGUGUUGAGGAGUGAGACGAAGCGGAAGAUGGCUGAUGUGGGAGAUGUGAGGAAGAGGUAUCGAGAAUUGUAG